GGUAGAGGCUCGUUGUCCUGUACAUCAGAAAAUGCUGUUUAUUUACCAAAUCUCUGGAAUAUUCCAUGUUUUUCUGUUUCUGGCUCAGCUUCAAUAUUUUACCCAGGGGCAAGAACUGCCAUGUUUAGUACCAUUUCUAAACAGCAACUUAAAUGGGGGUCAGUUUGUAGACCUUGGUCCUGCACCAAGCGAAGAACUGUGUAAAGCGUCGUGCCUAAAUGAUCCUAUGUGUGCUGCUGUGGACUGGAACAAUGAUUUUACAAACUGCUGGAGACACGAGGCGCCCUUGAAUCUUGGUGGAGGCUUUGAAGAUGGCACUGCACCAUGUUGUACACACUGGAGAAAGGAGACGGUCAACCCUGAAUUGUGUGUCCUUACAACAACAACAAUUGAACCAACAACUACUACCACAGAACCAACAACUACUACCACAGAACCAACAACUACUACCACAGAACCAACAACUACUACCACAGAACCAACAACUACUACCACCCAACCAACUACUACUACUGAAGCUACGACGACAACAGCAGAACCUACAACCACUACCAUAGAACCUACAACAUCUGUGACAGUCAAUCCUUCAGAUCCAUGUUCAGAUCCUGAGACCUGCCGUGGAAAUGGUUUGUGCGUUAGGAGAUUCUGGCCACCUUUUUAUUUCUGCCUGUGUCGGAGGUGCUAUAGAGGUUAUAACUGUGAAAUAGAACCCGAAGGUGGUGAAGGUUGUGCCAGUGAUCCUUGUAUGAAUGAUGGGCUCUGUCUACAGCACUGGAGUGGAUGCCGUCUGGAAGUCUGUUGUCUUUGUCCCAGCGGAUUCACAGGAGUCUUCUGCCAAACUAAUGUGAGUGCAUUAUGUGAUCCAAACCCCUGUGAGAAUGGUGGGGAGUGUCGUGUAUCCAGGAGUGGGUCAGCCUAUUGCGCAUGUACCCAAGGAUUCACUGGGUCACGAUGCCAGACUGAGGUUUUGGGUCCGUGUUCUACAAUGCCUUGCUUCAACGAUGCAGAGUGUAUUGAGACAUUUUUCGGAUUCUUUCGCUGUAGAUGUAACCCUGGUACCUAUGGCAACUUAUGUCAGUUCAAUGUUUCAACACCAGGGAGAAUUAGGUUCCCUGUGUUGUUUCCAAUUAACAGGCCUUAUCUCCCUGGUUACAGACUAAGGUCGUCUCCAGAAUACAGGACGUUUGUGUUUUCCUUGAACGACCAGGUUUCCAGGACGAUAGGCCAGCUGCCAAAUGUACCAAUGGUCAGGAUCCAGGUUAGAGCCUUGGCUCCAGGGAGUGUGAUCGCUUUUGGAACACUUCAAAUAUCAGGAAUUGAUCUGGACCACCAUGGUCCCGUCAGGAAAGUAAUAGAAGAUGUAAAGGCUGCGGUCUCGACCAUUAAUCAGAUUGGUGACCUUGGUGAACUCCCUCUAAGUGAACCUAUCGUUCUGCACGAUGCUGCAAUAG